GCGGUGGGGUAUGUGGUCUGGGUUUCGGUGAGGUGCGUGGGCGAUAUUAAUGAGUAUUUAAAGGGAAUGUAGGCUGUGCCUCAGGUGUGCUGUGCUGUACAUCACCUAGCUGACCCACCACCAGCCGACCCGCGAUGUCGGCAGGCCUCCUCCUGCGCCAGCUGGGGUCGGCGCACCGGCACGUGGCACGCGCCAGCCUGCGCACCUCGAGCCAGCUGCGGCUGCCACUGGUGCCGUUCGUGAUCGAGCAGACGGGCCGCGGGGAGCGCAGUUAUGACAUCUACUCACGGCUGCUCAAGGAGCGCAUCAUCUGCGUGAUGGGUCCGAUCGACGACGCCGUGGCCAGCCUCGUGGUGGCGCAGCUGCUGUUCCUGCAGUCGGAGAGCACCAACAAGCCCGUCCACAUGUACAUCAACAGCCCGGGCGGCGUGGUCACGGCCGGGCUCGGCAUCUACGAUACGAUGCAGUACAUCCGGCCGCCGGUGGCCACGUGGUGCGUGGGCCAGGCGUGCAGCAUGGCCUCGCUCCUGCUGGCGGCCGGCUCGCCGGGCAUGCGCCACGCGCUGCCCAACGCGCGUAUCAUGGUGCACCAGCCGUCCGGCGGCGCCUCCGGACAGGCCACCGACAUCCUCAUCCAGGCGGAGGAGAUCGGCAAGAUCAAACGCCAGAUCAACGGCCUGUACGUUAAGCACACCAAGCGCGAGCUGGCCUUCGUUGAGGCGAGCAUGGAGCGCGACAAGUUCAUGGACCCGACGGAGGCGCUGCAGUUCGGGCUGAUCGACAAGGUGCUGGAGCACCCGCCCAAGCACGGUGCCGCCGAGGACACAACGGACUGAUGUCGGCCUCCACCGGGCCUCGGUGGCAGGCUCCCUGUGUGGUGGUUGGGCCCUUGUGUAUGAGCGCUUGAGGCCGACUGGCUGCUGCAGCUAGGCGACCGGGGACUCUUAUGCUGCGUAUGUGGCGUUCGUUUUAUGAAAUGCGUAGCUUAUAAGUGGAUGCAUGACUUGUUAUUGAAACGUGGGUUGCUGGCCAGCUUAUGGAGUACUCUGACUUUCUGAAGAAAAGCGUGCACCAGUUGCCGUUUUGAGACCAAUCUGCCAACACAAGUCGUUAGAUCCAAACCAUGAAGAACUUCGCCUUGUACGUGAUAUCGACUCUCAGCCCGAUUUAAACUUGUUACAAAAAGAUGGAUCCACCGGUCGGUCAAUUUUCGGCACUUUUCAGCUGUUAUGACAUGCGAUCUCCCUUGGCACGGCAGUACUGUCUUAAUGUGCAACAACUGUAUGACAAUACAUGC